AGCAGCAGCAGCGUGGGCAGUCCGAGUUGGGCGGGCCGCCUGCGAGGGGACGGGCAGCAGGUGGUGGCCGCCAGUACCCUCUCCUCGCCAGGGCCGGAGGAGGCCAAGAGGAAGCUGCGGAUCCUGCAGCGCGAGUUGCAAAACGUGCAGGUGAACCAGAAAGUGGGCAUGUUCGAGGCGCACAUCCAGGCGCAGAGCUCCGCCAUUCAAGCGCCUCGCAGCCCGCGUUUGGGCAGGGCUCGCUCGCCCUCCCCGUGCCCCUUCCGCAGCAGCAGCCAGCCUCCUGGAAGGGUCCUGGCUCAGUGUGCCCGGACUGAGGAACGGAGGACAAAGUCCUGGGGGGAGCAAUGUCCAGAUACUUCAGAGGCUGAGACCGGGAGGAGAGGAAGACCAAGCCUGUGCCCCUCGAAGGACAAGGAAGUUGUGGCAUCUUUCCCGGACCCUGACACCCAGACAGAAUCCGAGGCUCAGGGUCCAGCCGCUUUGGUGCGGAUGGAGAAGGAUGUCCCUGCCAGUCCCCCCUGCGCUUCUCCCAAAGCUGUAGAAAUUGACGAGAGGGUCUCCCCUUCCGGAACUCGGAGCUUCCUAGCUCCCUCACUGGGACUGCUCAGAGCUAACUUAGUGACAGUCACAGAAGUGGCAUCGGGAGCCAUAUCCCCCGAACCACACUGUCCACAGGAUCCUGCCCUCAUUGAACCGUCUGAGCAGGCCCUGGACCUCAAGGGUCUGCCCCCCGGGGAGGUUGAGGAGCAGUUUCUGCGCAGUGAGACAAGCCCGGCCCCGGAGAGGAGCGGACCCUGCGGUGGAGAGCCCCCUGGGAAGGUGGGGAAAGGAAAUCUACCGUCUGGCAUGCCCAGCUUUGGGGUGUCUAAAGUGGGCGAAAGGCCAGAGGGGACGACUGUGAACACGCAAAGCCCAGAGCCUUCUGAUGCCCUGAGCUGGUCCCAGUGCCUCGAAGACCUGGGGUCGUUAGACCCUGGGGAUGCCCGAAGUGAGGCCUGGGUGGCCAGAGGGCAACCCUCCAGUCAGGAAGACGGAGGAGGUUUGUUUGAGGGCAGCUGUGCAGCACAGUGGGGAACUGGGGAGGUGGAGGCCAGAAACCCUUCUAGCCGAGUGCUGGAGCCUUUGCCCUGUUGGGAGGCAGCAAAAGACCUGAAAGAACCUCCGUGCCUUCCUGCAGACAGGUUAGCGGUGCAGCCUGGGAGCUCCAGGGCUUGGCGGGACCCCAUGGAGGAAGCAGGUCUGGCUUGGACGCGGGGCACAAGGGUACAGUCGGAGGGAACUUGGGAAAGCCAGCAGCAGGACGAAGACACCCACCGCAGCCUGGACUUGUUGCGUCUGGAUCAGAAGGACAAGCCUUCCAGAGAGACUCUUGUCCCCAGCAACAUACCUGCUGUCAUCAUCACAGACAUGGGUGCCCAGGAGGACGGGGGUUUGGAGGAGGUGCAGGGAAGCCCUCAGGGCACCCUGCCCCUGAGGAAACUGUCCUCUUCCUCAGCCUCCUCCACCGGCUUCUCCUCCUCCUAUGAGGACUCUGAGGAGGACAUCUCCAGUGAUCCUGAGCGCACCCUAGACCCCAACUCAGCCUUCCUGCACACCCUGGACCAGCAGAAGCCCAGAGUGAGCAAAUCAUGGAGAAAAAUAAAAAACAUGGUGCACUGGUCUCCCUUUGUCAUGUCCUUCAAGAAGAAGUACCCGUGGAUCCAGCUGGCAGGACACGCAGGGAGUUUCAAGGCGGCCGCCAAUGGCCGGAUCCUAAAGAAGCACUGCGAGUCGGAGCAGCGCUGCCUGGACCGGCUGAUGGCCGACGUGCUGAGGCCCUUCGUGCCUGCCUACCAUGGGGACGUGGUGAAGGACGGGGAGCGCUACAACCAGAUGGACGACCUGCUGGCUGAUUUCGACGCACCCUGCGUGAUGGACUGCAAGAUGGGCAUCAGGACCUACCUGGAGGAGGAGCUCACCAAGGCCCGGAAGAAGCCCAGCCUGCGGAAGGACAUGUACCAGAAGAUGAUCGAGGUGGACCCCGAGGCCCCGACCGAGGAGGAGAAGGCACAGCGGGCUGUGACCAAGCCACGGUACAUGCAGUGGAGGGAAACCAUCAGCUCCACAGCCACCCUCGGCUUCAGGAUUGAGGGCAUCAAGAAAGAAGAUGGCUCCGUGAACCGAGACUUCAAGAAGACCAAGACAAGGGAGCAGGUCACGGAGGCCUUCAGAGAAUUCACGAAAGGAAACCAUAACAUCCUGGUCGCCUACCGGGACCGACUGAAGGCCAUCCGAGCCACCCUAGAAGUUUCUCCCUUCUUCAAGUGCCAUGAGGUCAUCGGCAGCUCCCUCCUCUUCAUCCACGACAAGAAGGAGCAGGCCAAGGUGUGGAUGAUCGACUUUGGGAAGACCACGCCCUUGCCCGAGGGCCAGACCCUGCAGCACGACAUCCCCUGGCAGGAAGGGAACCGGGAGGACGGCUACCUCUCCGGGCUGAACAACCUCAUCGACAUCCUGACGGAAAUGUCCCAGGAUGCCCCGCACGACUGAGGCUGCCCCUGCCACCUGGCUUCUCUUCCUCCCCCUUUGCUUCCCUUCUUUUAAUUUCUCUUUCACUUCUCCCUGGGCUCCAUCCCCAGAACUGACCCUCCUGAACUGCACUACAGAACACUUUGUAGAAGAGGAGAUGGCAUUUUCUAGUUGUUUCCCUAACUUGGGCGCUUGGAAGUGGCGUUUCCACUUCACUUUGUUAAUAGAAUCACCUGCUAGGAGAGGGGCCCCAUCCUGGGCUCCACUUCCUGUAGAGGUCAAUUGGGUUCAGAACUGGAGGGGAACCUAACAUUUGAGCACUGCUUCUAGGAGACCCCCUAGAAAGCGCAAGCGUGGAAAGGCUACCUGUGGAGGCCUACUGCCCCCUGGUGGCUGCUGCCAUCAGUGCUGCUACCCAGCACAGCCAGAUAACUGCCCCAUCUUCCCACCAGAGAGC